GUUCAACCUCAGAUCAAUGCCAAGGCUUCCGCUAGUUCGACAAUUUUUAGUAUAAAACCAACGCAAGACUCAGCAAUCUUCACUCAUCUCCCAUCUUUCAAACCAUCACAUCCAACACUCCGAAAUGGCUUUCAAGCUGUGCAUCUUAGCCGCCCUCGUGGCCGUCGCUGCCGCCGGAUACGCACCAGUCGCAUCCGUCGGUUACGCCGCAGCCCCAUCUUACGGAUACGCUGCUCCGUCUUACGGAUACGCAGCCCCCUCCAUCGGCUACUCCGCCGCCGCCGCCCCGGCCUACGGCUACGCUGCUCCAGCUUACGGUUACGCCAAGGCCGUCCCCGCCUACGGACACGCCGCCCCAGUUUACCCUGACGCCUACCCCGCCUACAAAUUCGCCUACAACGUACACGACGCCCACACCGGUGACGUCAAGAGCCAAGAAGAGACCCGCGACGGUGACCACGUCCAGGGAUACUACUCCCUCGUCGAAGCUGACGGCAGCAAACGCGUCGUCCACUACGCCGACAACGGACACGGUUUCGAAGCCGUCGUCACCAAGGAAGCUGGUGCCCACCCAGUAGCCGCCUACGCUCCAUCUUACGGACACGGUUACGCCGCUCCCGCCUACGGACACGCCGUCGCUGCUCCCGCCGUCUACAAGGCCCCAGCUUACGGUUACGCCGCCGCUCCCGCCGUCAUCAAGGCCCCAGCUUACGGUUACGCCGCCCCCGCCUACGGACACGCCAUCGCUGCCCCCGCCGUCUACAAGGCUCCAGCUUACGGUUACGCCGCCGCCCCCGCCUACGCCUCCACCUACGGACACGGCUACGCCGCUCCCGCCUACGGACACGGUUACGCCGCUGCCCCCGUCGCCGUCUACAAGAAGAAGCUUUGCAUCUUGGCUGCCCUCGUGGCUAUCGUCAACUGCCAAUACGGCCCAGCAUACAAACCCGCCUAUGCCGCCCCAGCAUACGCCGCCCCCGCCUAUAAACCAGCAUACUCUCCAGCAUACGCCUCCGCCUACGUCUCAAAACCAGUAGCUCCCGCAUACGCCGCUCCCGCCUACGCCGCCCCCGCUUACCACGCCCCCGCCUACGUCGCCCCUGCCUACAAACCCGCCUACGUUGCCCCAGCUUACAAACCCGCCUACGCCGCCCCCGCCUACAAGGCCGCUGAGCCCGUCUACCCCGAUGCCCACCCCGCCUACAAAUUCGCUUACGACAUCAACGACCCAUCCACCUACGAUGUCAAGAGCCAGGAAGAAGAGCGUGACGGAGACUACGUCAAGGGAUCCUACACCCUCGUCGAAGCUGACGGUAGCAGGCGAGUAGUAACUUACGCCGACAACGGUUACGGUUUCGAAGCCGUAGUCCACAAGGAAGGAGGUGCUCACCCCGCUUCAUACGCCCCCAAAUACGCCGCCCCAGCGUACCCAGUUGCCCCCGCCUACAAGAAAUAGGCGCGCAAGCAACACUUUCCUAAAGACUAAAUCAUCUCAUUUUUUACCUUAGUCAUGUUAAGUAUCAUUUGUACAUACGUGUAAAUUAUUUCGCCACAUCCAUGUCAUCUUUGAAUCUAAAUUUAGGUGAAUAAAUUUAGUCAAUUGAAUUUUUAAAACUGAA